AUGGUUCGUGAACGAUCAGGUACCAUGCUUUCACGCAUGAGUGACAAGGUCGCAGUGGUCAUGCCUACUGAUAUGAAACGUUCAUCCACUAUGGGCCUGACUGGCCGCCCUCUGCGCUGGCUCAUCUCUUUCGCCGCUACUGUUGGCUUCUCGCUGUUCGGUUAUGACCAGGGUCUGAUGUCCGGUAUCGUCUCAGGCAAGCAGUUCUGCCAGAAAGAGUUCAAAAUCCUCUGUAAGAACCUGUUGGACAACGACGACACUACCCAUGACGAUGAUGUCCGCCAGGGCGCCGUCACUGCGUGUUAUGAGAUUGGUUGUUUCUUUGGUGCAUUGUUUGUGCUUGGUGUUGGUGAGCGCUGGGGCCGUAAGCCUCUUAUCAUGACCGGCUGCUUCAUCAUCAUUAUCGGUACCGCCAUUUCAGCGACCGCAUUUGGCGACAAAUGGGGUCUUGGUCAGUUCGUCAUCGGCCGUGUCAUUACUGGUAUUGGCAAUGGCAUGAACACUGCAACUAUUCCUGUCUGGCAAUCUGAGAUUGCCCGCCCUGAGCUCCGUGGUCGCCUUGUGCAGCUUGAGGGUUCAGUGGUUGGUGUCGGUACUAUGAUUGCUUAUUGGCUCGACUACGGUCUGUCAUUUGUUGAUUCUUCAAUUCAAUGGCGUCUUCCUGUUGCCAUGCAGAUCGUUUUUGCAUUGAUUGUUUUCCUUUUAAUGAUCGGUCUUCCUGAGUCACCUCGUUGGCUCGUCAACCAUGAACGCGAGGAGGAGGCCCGCCCUAUUUAUGCCGCCUUGGAGGAUGUGCCGUUGACCGACGAGAUUGUCGAGACCCGUUUAGCUCAUGCUAUCAACGACUCCAAGCGUUCUGGUGGUGGUAGGAUGCGCUUCUCUGAGCUCAUGACUCACGGCAAGACCGCCCAUUUCUCUCGUAUGUUGAUUGGUGCUUCUACCCAGUUUUUCCAGCAGUUUACUGGUUGCAAUGCCGCCAUUUACUACUCGACUAUUCUAUUCAAGAAGAUGGAUCUUGGUGACGUUAUGUCCCUGACCAUGGGUGGCAUCUUCGCCUCUAUUUACGCUGGUAUGACUCUGCCUGCUUUCUAUCUUAUUGAAAAGUGGGGUCGUCGUCCCUUGUUUUUGUUUGGUGCCAUUGGCCAAGGCUGCUCCUUCAUUAUCACCAUGGGUUGUUUGGCGGCUGUUCGUACCUCUCAGUUGAAGCGUGCUCACGCAGAUCUCACCCACCACGAGAAGCAGGUCACCAAGGGUGCUGCCGUUGGUUUGUAUCUGUUCAUUUCAUUCUUCGCUAUGUCCAUUCUUGGUCUGCCCUGGAUUUAUCCUCCUGAGAUCAACCCUCUGAGAACCCGUACCGCUGCCACUGCCGUCUCCACUUGCACCAACUGGUUGUCAAACUUUGCUGUUGUUAUGUUCACGCCAGUGUUUGUUGGUAACGCCGGCUGGGGUGCCUACCUGUUCUUCGCCCUGAUCAACUUCAUUUGGGUGCCUGUCAUUUUCUUGUACUACCCUGAGACUGCUGGCCGCUCCCUGGAGGAGAUCGACAUUAUCUUUGCCCGUGCCAACGAAGAGAACAAGAUGCCCUGGCGCGUUGCCGCUGUCAUGCCCAAGAUGGACAACGACGAGGUCCAUGCCGAAGCCCGCCGUCUUGGUCUCCACCUCGACGACGAGCUGCUCGACGAAGAGUCUGGCUUCGACAGCAACGACAAGGCUGCUGGCUACGAGAGCGACACUCCUGGUGAGACCCCUCUCGCUCGCAGCCCCUCGGCUACCUCUGCUUAA